ACAUGGUGGUGAAGCUAGUGAUCCUGUUCCUCCUUUGUCACAUUGCAUCUGCAGUGAGCCAUUCUCUGAAGUAUCUUGUCACUGGAUCCUCUGGAGACCCAAACAUCUCAGAGCUUAUGUAUGUUGCAGUGGUUGAUGACACGGAGGUGCUUUAUUGCGAUGCCAGCAAGAAGAUAGUAGAACCAAGACAGGACUGGGUGAAAAAAAUGUUUGCUGACAACCCUGACAUGUUAUUGGGGUACACUCAUGAGUGUUUUGAGCAUCAGCCAAAUUUUUUCAAAAGCUUGAUUUCUAAUUGGAAGCAGCUGUUAAACCAAAGUGAAGGUGUUCACAUUUUACAGAGCAUAAUUGGCUGCAAUGUGAAUGAAAACUCUGGAGAGGUUUCAUGCUUUUUACAGUUUGGUUUUAACGGAGAAGGCAUUUUUGAAUUUGAUCCGAAGACAAAGACAAUGAUCACACUGAAACCAGAGCUUCAAAUUAGCGAACAGAUGCUGGAUGAUCACAGAAAUCUAAUUAAAUACGUUGAAAACCUCUUCAGUAUGUUUCAACCGAAACUGACGAUUUUUUUGGACUAUGGGAGCAGCUCCUUGAACAAAACAGUUCCUCCCUCAGUGUCUCUCCUCCAGAAGACUCCCUCCUCUCCAGUCAGCUGCCACGCUACAGGUUUCUAUCCUGAUAGUGCCGUGAUGUUCUGGAGGAAAGAUGGAGAGGAGAUUCAUGAUGGUGUGGAUCUUGGAGAAAUCAUCCCCAACAAUGAUGGGACCUUCCAGACAAUUGUUGAUCUGAAUGUUUCAUCAGUCACACCUGAAGACUGGAACAGAUACGACUGUGUGUUUGAGCUCUCUGGUGUUAUGAACAUCAUCACAAAAAUGGAUAGAACACGAAUCAGAUCCAACAGGAGUGAGAGAACUGCUCCAGUCAUUGCUAUAGUCGUUGCUCUUCUUAUUUUCAUCAUCAUUGCCGCCGUUGGAUUUGCUGUUUACAAAAAGAAGAAAGGUGAGACUCCUGAGAACAGCACUGAAAUCUCUGUGAGACUCAAUCAAGAGACUUCCUCAUCUAUAUAG